UCCCUCGAACUCGAACAGAUCGGCGGUCAAAACCCUAGCCUUCCCCGGUCAAACCUCCCUUCGGGCAGCCUGGGAUCCCCGAAUCGAGCCCCAAAUUCGCGUUCUCGCUACUCUAGGAAGCCAAUCCAGCCCCAUCCAUCCGGAUGGGGAAUGGCGUCGGCGACGGCGAUGCGGCGUCGGGGAGGAGGUGCCCCAAGCACCCGUCCGAGCCGUCCUUCACGGGCUUCUGCUCCGCCUGCCUCCUCGACCGCCUCCACGCUACCAAUCUAAUUGGUGUGGCCUCCCCAUCCCAGCGGCCUUCCCUCCCCCUCCACCAGGACGACCUGGAGGAGCCGCCGCCUCCUUGCUCCACAGAGGCAGCGGGGAGGAGGAUAGGGGCGGAGCGGACCACGCUCCUUCGCCUCUUCCAGCUAGAGGACCAACGGGAGGAGCGGGAGGAGGACACCAACGCCGCGCCGUCCACCAGUGGCGGCGAUGGCCAAGAUCCGCUGCCUCACCUGCAGCGCAAGCGAUCCCUCCGCCACUCCUGCAGCGAAUGGAUCGCCUGCUGCGACGCCUCCGCCGCCUCCUGCCUACCCUCCCGACAGUCGCUUGAUGCCUCCUCCACCACCUCCGCAGCAGCAGCUGGUGUGGCGCCUGCUAAUCCCCACCCCAACGACGCCGCUGCUUCUGCAAGGACCAAUGGCGUCGCCAUGGUCGAGAGGAGGACGGGGAGCCUCAGGUGGAACCAAUUCUGGGCAAUCAAGGGCCUCCUUGCCAAGCCUGCCGGGCAUUUGCUCAGCAGGUCCUUCUCCGAGUCCUCCAGGUCAAGGUACACCCUCCACCCUGGCAGUGGCGCCAUUGCAAGGUCGUCCUCCUCGCAGUCCCAAGGAAUUCGCCUCAACGAAAGCCGCUCCGUGUCUUCAGCUGGGAAUGGCAUGGACUCUUCUGAGAUAUCACUCCCCGGUGAUUCUGUUCAUGUCCACCAUUGCCGGCCUCGGCUCAAGGACAGGCUCCGCUGGCUUCGCCGCAGCCGCAGCGUUCACUAUUCUUCACCUACUAGAAUUGUAGAUGCUGAUCUCACUCCUUUCAGAAGCAGAAGCAGCAGCACCAGGAGCACGUCGCACAAGAACCAGCGUAGGUUUGCUGCCGGUUUCUUUGAUGCCCAAAGAAAUCGACAAUGACAGGUGCUGGAGCUGCUAUACUAGCAUCUGACAGCUUGGCUACACAGUUUGUAGUUGAAUCAGUAACUAAUAUAAAGCACCUCAAGAUUGUAAACUAGCAUGGUAAGCUGAUAAUAUGUCCUCAUUCUUUUUGUACUGUGUACUAUGUUCAAGGCAGAAUAAAUUGCUCGACUCAGAUAGUACCACCACCAUGUUCAUUCCUCGCUGUCAA